ACAACUUUAAUGCGACAAUGUCUGAUAGUCAAACCUCUCUGUCCUCGAUGGAAAUAACGAGAAAUCCGUUCGAUAGUGAUCUAGAAGGCAAACUUAAUUUUCCAGGAUUCAGUCCUUCGAUGUUUACUGCACCUAAAACACCCGAAACUCCAGUAAACAAAAAGAAAAAAGAAUUCCGAUGGUCUAUUGAACAGAUAUCUCGACUUUACCCAGUAGACAUGGAUGAAUACCCAAAUCAGGAGUACAGCAGUACUUAUGAAAGGGAAGAAGAUGAGAAGGCUGCACAAGACGCCAUAGAUGAGUACUUUUCCCAAGACGCCAUUGUUCCAUCUCCUUGGACUCCUAACCGUUCAGCCAAGCAUGUCACUUUUUCUCCCUUGCCUCCAGACACUCAAUAUAUAGCUGCAAAUGAUUGCUCCAUGGAAUCAUCCUACUCUUCUCAAAGCAACAGUGUAAAAGUAGACGCUGGUACUCAGACUGCACUGUCUUUUCCAUGGAAUGUUGAUUUAGAAGAAAUAUUAGGUUCAGCAUUUCAAACCUUCAUGCAUAACGACCUUGACAACAGYAAAGACCUCUCAGGAUCUUCAUUUAUACGUAGAAAACUCUUUCCUCAUGAGGAACAAACAGAGAGAAUAAAGGAUGUCAACAACAAUCAAGAAAAUCACAAAAUCAGGUCAAUUCUCAAAGCUUCAAAGAGUCCAACACUUACUACUUCAAGUCCUGUCGGUAAACAUUCCGAACAAAAGAAAGAAAGAACACCACGCCUGAGCACACCAUGUCCAGACGUGUCACCUAUACGGUCUGGGCACAUCACACCAUUGAACAAGCUACACAGUUCAAAAGCUGUAGAUGGUUCUUUCCAGGCAUCGAAUGUAUUGGAGUCGUCGGGAAUUGAACAAGAUCUAGACAUGUUCCCAGAUAUAUCACCCAUCAAAGAUGAUCAACGGGAGUAUGAUAAUGAAGACAAUGAAAGUAUAGAACUACAAAGAAAGCAGGAUGGCGGCAGUCAUUGCAUUGAAGCCAGUCCCUUGAAGCUCUCUGCUCUAGACGCUCAUGAGAAUCAAGAAGAGAGCAAUUUCAAUAAUGAUGACGAUGACAACACAAGUAGCAAUGAUAGUGAGGAUAGUGAAAGACCAGCAAAGAUAACAAUGGAAGACCUUGCAAAUGAAUCAAGUGUCUAUGAUGAACAAGAACGAGAAGAUGCUCAAUUUCAACAUGAGAAAAAGCCUCCCAGAGUCAGCAUGGAAGACUUGCAGUCACCUGAUGACAUCAGCAUGAUAAAAGAAACUAGCAAGGAUGACAAUGGUGAUGAAGCCAUGGAAACGAGCAUGACAAACAUUUUGAGCUCCACAAAAAUUCCUGAUGGAAAUAGACAAAAUGAUCAAGUAUAUGUGAAUGCCAAGGAGCAAAGAAUGGGUAGUCAGAAUGAUGAGGUUUUAUGGGAGGACAGACGAAAAGUUAAGGAAAGGUUUUAUGGUAGGGAAUUGGAAGGAUCUGGCGAGGACCUUGAUGAUGAUAUGGUAAUGAUUAAGGCCUCGGCAGCACUCAGAAGAGCAAACCGUGUCACACAGUCAGUUCAAAAUGAAACAGAAAAUGGUGUCUACAGCAAAUCUUACAACUAUUCAAUAUCAAAUAUGAAUGUAUCAGAGUUUCCAUGGCAACAACCUGUCGGCAUGUCAACACCUCUGACAGUCCCAUCCAUGCGACCAAGAGGACUUGGAAGCUCUUUUGACAAUGACUAUAACAGGUUUGAAACAAGAAAUCAAUUUGGAGGUAUGAGAAACGAUGUCUUCUCUCAGACCAGUUACCAUGAGAACAGGGCAUAUCAGAGUGAAAAUAGUGCAAAGAGAUUGACACCUGUAGUGGAAGAUGUGAUCCGAAGAAAAGAGAUCUUGAAAUCUUGUUUAAGAGAAGUACAAUCUACUGAAUGGACUGCAUCAACACCAGCUUAUAAGUCUCCUCUAGCAGGUAAAUGGAGGACACCAAGGACAUACCCACUGUCUUAUGCUGACAGGAAAGCUAUUUAUGGCCGGCCAUCGUAUAGAAUACCAGACUAUGUUGAUGCAUAUAGCCCACAACUGUAUACAGAUACAAGAAAUGAGUCUAAAAGAACAUCUUGGCCACCUUCCAGAUCAUUCCCUCCAAGGCUGCAUAACAACACAAGACCUCUAUCACCUACCAACUGGCCAUCCACUAGCAAGAUAUACAGCGCCAAUCCAGAAGGAUAUGUGUCCAGAAUGCCUCUUCCAUCCCACUACACUCACACACAUUUUGAUAGUGGGUUUGACGAAUGGAAGAAAAGUGUCAUUAGAUGGGAAAAAUCAAUGAGGAUACAGAGUCUAAAGCUAAAAUCAUUCUAUUAGCUGAAAGAUUAGUACCAUUAUCGUUGAAGUGCGACCCGGGAAGUUUGAUGUCCCAUUCAGAGACUAGUAUUUCAACGGCCGUCAAUCGAAGAACUGAAAUGUAAAAAAUCCAAUAGAGUGAAGGCAUUUAACCCGUGAAAUAGAAAACACUAGUCAGCGUGUAAUAGUCAAAUAGACACAAAAGAAAACAAUGGUAUUAAGAUCUACUAAUGUGUAUUAGUCUAAUAUCUAUUGCACGGGUUUAAUGCCUUCACUCUAUCUUCAGGGAGCUCUUAGAGUGAAUUUUUAAUUCUCUAGAAUCUUUAAUUCAGUCCAUCUCCCUCCAUUUUUUUUGCGGUUCUUUGAUUGGCAGUCAUUGAAACACUAAAUGGUAAACUAGACAUUAAACUUAGAGGGUCCAGGGGUGGUAAAAUAGAUGACUAGUCACCCCCUUUAGCUCAAAUUUCUCAUUAUAUCGUUAGUAACAAUCACCCCCCUUUUCCUCAAGUUCCUGGUAAAACCUUUGUAAUAGUGACCCCCCGGAUCUGUCCCUGGGGUCGUGUUUCAAUGAUAAUAGUAGUAACAUGGGAAAUAUUUAUAGUCUAGGUAAAGGGUUGUGGAACAAUCAUUCCCAAAAUAUGAAUGGCAUUAUGAGCCUAGCCUGUGGAGAAGUCUAGUAUGGAAUCUUAUAAAAACAUCCUCGAAUACCAAGAGUUUUGCAAGCUGUCUCAUACUUUUAGGAGAUCAAAAUAGAGUUAUUUUACUUGAGCCAAGCCUGCAAAGCAGCACUUUGGGAAGGGAGGACUUCUCUAACCUCCUCUCUCUCCCCAAAGCAUCACUAUGCAGGCUUAUUUGAGCUUUGAAACAAAACUAUUUAUUAUAUAGUCAUCUAUCUAUGCACUCUAAUUGGAUGAGAACUGUGCUAUAUUAGUUUAUGGAACACAGUUCUGAUGCUAUUCAUGUUCAAUGCCAAUUUUGCAAAAAAAAUGUAAGAAAAUGGGGCAGAAUUAUGUGCAUAACAAAAAAAGAGUAGAAUUACAUACGAUAUUCAACAUACACUAUGAUAAAUAUACCAUGCUUCCGAAUUUUUAUUGCUCAUGCAAAAAACUUUUCUUAAUACAUCUUAUAAACAUUUUUACAUAAUUGAGAUGUUAAUUUUGAUGUCUAUAUUUUGGAUUAGCCAACUGCAUGUGUUUCUAUAGUUUUUGGAUAGAAUGUUCAAUGUUGGCAUUUAGGAAGUGUUCAGACUUUUGUCAAUAAUUUAGAACUCAAUAGCUGUUUGUGACAUCAAUUUCUAAUCAUUUACUGCAAUGUUUGUAAACAUGCGACCUCUGUGUCUGCGAGCUGCAUGCUGAAAAAUUUUUUUUUCGCUGCUGUCAAUCAAACCUAAUCAAUUGGGUACCUUUCAUAUUUUUGACUGGGGGCAGCAACAAACCAAAUGUCAGCAUGCAACUUGGAGACACAAAGUUCGCAUGUUUAUUAUUGUAAUACUGUAAAUUACUACAAGUUGCCCGUCAGAAUUUGUUUUUUUGCUGCUGCUAGUCAAAAAUGUUAAAUGUUUCCCUUCUGAUUGAUUUUGAUUCUUGGCAGCAAAAAAAAAAAAAAUUUCUAAAUGCAGCUACAAAGCUUAAUAUUCAAAACUGCUAUAACAUUGACCUCAUCACACCGAAGUAUCCCAUUUCAGAACAUUUAUACCACUAAGAAAAAAUUCUUUGCUUGAGUAUCGUCCAGUCAUUAUUUAUUUUCUCAUAAAAAGAUAUACCAAGGGAAUUACAAGUCUCCUACACGGUUUCUACUAGUGUUGUCACACAACACUCACUCCUCUGAGUAUCUAACAACACUAAUAGAGGCUGCUUAGGAGACUAGGAGACUAGGGAAUUACUGGCUGAAAUAAGGAAAUGUUGAAGUUAUUGGGUUUGCAAUCAUGUCAGAAAUAAUCAGUAUAAUUGAUGAUAAAGGUGUAUAACCUUGUAAAUACAAACAACAAACAGAUUCUUUGAAGUACUAAAACAAUUCACAAGAAAA